AUGGCCACGACCGAUCCACCUACUCUCGGUUCUGCAAGAAAGAAAACACUCCGUAGCUCAGCUGUGAACCACCUUACACCUGAGAAGCGUGCUUAUAAUAUCAAUAACCGACGACCUACAGAGCUCCUUGCGGCUACGCCUUCGACUGCUGUUCCUAAGCAAACUCAUGCGAAAGUUGUUCUUCCAGACAACAUCUUAGCUUCAACCAAUGAAGAACUGGGAAUGGUGAUUGAAAACAAUCAUUACAAGCGAUACAAUUGCCGAGCUAAAGCACUUCAAGUUGUCGAGAAAAAGAAAUGGAAUAUCAGCGCGGUAAAUUUGACAAAGGAUAGCUUUACAGACAAUGUUGAAAAGGACAUCAUGGCUGGUGUAUACGCUGUGAUAUAUGUGAACUUGAGCAUUCAGGAGGCUGAUCUCAAGAUCGUGCGAGGCGAGCUGAGUCGUUCGAACAUCACAAUACUUCGAGUUCAAAUGGACCACGGGUUACGGAAAGCCAUGGAUUUAAAAAAUCUUUAUGCCAAGAAAGAUGACGCCCCCGACGAGGAAAUUGGAACAAUCCCCUGUCGUGUAGAUGAUCCACGAGUGAUUGCUGAACAGAAACGGGAAUUAGCCGCAGGUUUUCCAACAUGCAAGUGCUCGAAUUGUAGGCCAAAAGCUGCUGAGAUGCUAAUCUGCAACUUCCCUAGAUUGACAAAGAAAAAUUACAAGUUGGCUAUGGAAGAUCCUUUCAGUGUUGAGGGGUUUUUGAAGCCUGAAGAGAUUGAGGCAAAGAAGAAUGAAUUAAACACUGGUGAUAGUACAGAGACAUCUAAAAAAACUUUUCAAAAAAGAAGAAAUGGCACGUUGCAUCCAGCUUUGAAGGAACUCGCUGAUGAAUUGGUAUUAAAUUAUCGGUUGCAUUACAACAAAGUCUACGGAGAAGAUGAUUGCUGUGAAAGUGAAGACUAUUUUGGACUGGAUGAGGCAAGAGCAAUAGUGAAUUCACUUGACAAGAUUAAACAUCAACAGGACAUCGAGCAGAACAUGGGGGGCGAUAUAAUUGAAGGAGGUGUUAAAGUUGUUUUUGAUUACAUUGAAGAAUGGAGGACACGUGAGGUAGCAUUGGAAUAUUCACAGAAGAAAGCCAAGUUAUUAGAGACAAAAACGACUUCUGAUGUGAAUCGAGUGUUAACAGAAGUGACCAACAUCACACCUACUCCGACUGGUCCUGCAGCACCAAACAAGAAAAAAAGACGAAGUUCAGCUCAGGUCAAAGCCGAUAAAGAAGCUACCGUUCUUAAAGCUGCAUAUAAUUGGCGGUGUUUGGACUGGUUGAGGGUGGAUAAAGUGCCAUACGAUCAACUUGAUGCAAAAGAGGAGGCUUACCAAAAUAAGCGAUGGAUAUCGGCUAGUGGUUUACCUACUGUUACUGAAUUCGGUCUAGACUGGGUGAUUCUUUCGCUUCGGGCCAUGUUCAGGAAGCGAAUCAUGGAAUUUGGUGUUGACUGGUUCUUACGUGUUUGUCGGAUAUUGUUCUGA